UAGAGCUGCGUCAGUCUUUCUGUAGUUAAAUCUACGUGGCGUAACACGCAGCGGAGUCAGUUUGUUGCGUUCAGCUGAACCGCCGCUUUAUCCUUUGAUUUGCCAACACAGCCUCAUUUCAGGAUGGAUCAGGUCAUGCAGUUCGUGGAGCCUAGCAGGCAGUUCGUCAAGGACUCCAUCAGACUCGUCAAAAGAUGCACAAAACCAGACAGAAAAGAAUUCCAGAAGAUCGCAAUGGCAACAGCGAUUGGAUUUGCCAUCAUGGGCUUCAUUGGAUUCUUUGUCAAACUCAUCCACAUCCCCAUCAACAACAUCAUUGUUGGUGGUUAAAUCGACUGGACUGUGAAGCCAAACAGACCUUCGGCUGCCUCAAACAAUGUUGGAUGAUGAACUGAAUGCGGACAUUUUGUAUAAAUCAUGUUGGUUUUUUUGUGUUAACAUUUCUAUUUGGCUGUGUUAAUAAAUCAAAGGUUACACUA